AUAGAAUGAAUCUCUAUGGUGGUUGGAGGCAAAGUAAAGAAACCAGGCAAACGAGGUCGUAAACCAGCCAAAAUAGAUUUGAAGGCAAAACUUGAGAGAAGUCGUCAAAGUGCGAGAGAAUGCAGGGCGAGGAAGAAACUGAGAUACCAGUAUCUGGAAGAGUUGGUUUCAAGCAGAGAGAGAGCAAUCUGUGCACUUAGAGAAGAGCUGGAAAUGUACAAGCAGUGGUGCAUGGCAAUGGACCAAGGGAAAAUCCCCUCUGAAAUAAAAGCCCUGCUAACUGGAGAAGAGCAAAGCAAAGCACAGCAGAACUCAACCAAACUUGCCAAGUCUGGGAAGACAGAAACCCACAGUAACAAUCCCUGGUGAAAGUUGUUAAUGAAAUAUGGAAGUCAAUUGUGAAUCCAAUCCUGCUUGGCAUCCUGUGAAAGAACGGAGAAAAUUUUGCAGCAUAUUUGUUUGCUCUCUGCCACUGAAUUAAUUGUGUGAUAUUUUUAAUUGACAUAGCACAAAAGACAGUGUUAAUAUCACCCCCAAAGAAUUUGAUAUAGCCCACAAAUGCAGAGAAAUUCAGAGUAAGGCUGAAAUUUGACUUUAACCAAUGCAUGUUUAAGUAUUAUAGCAUAUGUGACAUGCAAGAUCAUCUGAUGUUGUUACUUCUGCAGAAAUUGAAGACAAAAUUUCAGCCUUAACACUAAAUUUCCUUCUUGUUAAUACUAUGUAAUAUUCUCUUGGUGUUUGCCUUUUAUAUUAUUAAAUCUGUUUAUUUUUAUGGUGGCUACUUGGGGAAAGUGCUUUUAAUCUGAAGAAAGAUAAGAGACCUUAUGCUCCUGAUAUUCCAUGAAUACACCCAAGAUUAGGUUGAAUUUGUGUGUGUCAUAUGCAUGUAUGGCAUGCAUUAUAACAUCUCCUUUUAACCAUUCUUGUAGAAGUUGUUAAUAUGUAUUAGUGGUAUUGUCACUUGCAUUGCUGUUAUCUACCUGCCCUCCUUUAAAUUGUGACUAGAAACUAUUAAGAGCCUUGUUUCUUUACUAAUUAAUUGUAGCAACACUUCAGUCUUUUAAAAAAAGAAACCCUGGUUUAAAGUUACUUUUGAAGCCAUUGAACUUUUUGGGGGCCUGAUGCCUAGUUACUGGAAGGUUUGGCUGGAUAGAAUGAAAGAGUAGAGACACUUCUUCCCAUUUAAUUCUAGACUGGCUUUAAUGAAUUACACUGACAAUGUUAACUAUGGCUUCAAACCAUAGUUUUAUGUACUUCAAACCAUAGUUUUAUGUACAUAGGUUUGGCAAAGUUUGAGUUUAAAAAAUAAUAUUGAUGUUCAUUUGUGAGUGUUUUUUCUGUUUAGUGGGUUUUUUUUUUUUUUACAGAAGCACAAAAUUAUGGAAGUUGUUGCAUUUUUAAACAUUUCUAUAGAUUUAAAUAUUCACAAUUGCAGGAAAUUAUACGGGUUGGUAAUAAACUGGGUGGGGCAGAGAAUAAUCAAGAAUAGAAAUAGAGAUUCAAAAAGUUAAACCUUCAUAGCCAUUAAAACAGAUUGUGAACAUAUUAUGUAAAAAUAUACAAAAUAAAUAUCUUUAAAUCGAA